CAACGUUGAUCGCACGAUAAGCGGAAGCGGCACCGUAACCUCAAAGACAACGCGAAUUGGAUUGUUGCUCCCGACCCGUCCCGCGUCGAGAUGGACGAGUCGACGAAAAAGACUUUGAGCAACAUUCCAUUGUUGCAGACGAAGUCCGGUCCCAGAGACAAAGAUUUGUGGGUGCAGAGGUUGAAGGAGGAAUAUCAGGCUCUUAUCAGGUAUGUCAAAAAUAAUAAGGAGGCGGACAACGACUGGUUCCGAUUGGAAUCGAACAAGGAAGGCACCAGGUGGUUUGGCAAGUGCUGGUACAUUCAGAAUUUCCUGAAGUACGAAUUUGAAGUGGAGUUUGAUAUUCCUGUCACAUAUCCCACAACGGCACCCGAAAUUGCUUUACCAGAAUUAGAUGGAAAAACCGCAAAAAUGUAUAGAGGCGGCAAGAUCUGCCUGACUGAUCAUUUCAAGCCAUUGUGGGCUCGCAACGUUCCAAAGUUCGGCAUCGCUCAUGCAAUGGCUCUUGGUUUGGGACCGUGGCUGGCAGUGGAGAUUCCAGAGCUCAUAGAAAAGGGCGUCGUAGUUCACAAGGACGAGGAGAAGAAAUCGUGAAUCGGUGCGGUAUGUGUGGGAUGACAACAAAAUGCGAUUGUUUCAAUAAGUUAUUUUUUACGCCUAACCUAUUCGAGGGAAAGAAUUUAUACAAUGUUAAGUUUUUACACGCGGUACAGAGUAUUUACAUUCAACGCGCGAUCGAAUAAAGGCUAUUUAACACAGGCUA